CGGCGUGAGUCAGAGCCGCCGCCUCCUCCCCGCCCGCUCUCACGUACGCGCUGCCGGGCGGGCGGGCGGGCAGGCAGGCACGGAGCCGCCGCCGGCCGUCCCGCACCCGCGCACUUGCCGGAGAUGAGCCGAGCCGCGCUGCGGGUCUCCCGCCUCCUCCUUCUCCUCCUCCUCCUGGCCGCCCUGGGCCGCGCCGCCGCCGGCACCGAGUACGACCAGGAGCACGGCGACGAGGAUACCCCGCACUCCCGGGAGAAAGGUCCUGGACACAGUCACUGGAGCUAUGAAGACCGGGAGCACUGGAGUGAGGACUACCCGGACUGUGCGGGCAACGUGCAGUCGCCCAUCAACAUUGAGACGGACAAAACCAUCUUCAGCCCCCAGCUGCGGCCGAUCCAGCUCUCUGGCUACAGCCUGCCCGCCAACGAGAAGCUCAGGCUGACGAACAACGGGCACACAGUUGUCCUCGAGCUGCCUGAAUCCCUGGCCAUCACCGGUGGCUAUGCCCAGCAGUACCGAGCCACGCAGCUCCAUUUGCACUGGGGCUCCCCGUCAGGACCCGGCUCGGAGCACACCAUCAACGGGCGCCGCUUUGCCGGGGAGAUACACGUGGUCCACUACAACACCAAGUAUGACAGCUUUAGUGAGGCAAUGGUCCACCCAGAUGGCCUGGCUGUACUGGGAGCCUUCCUGGAGGUUGGGCCGAGGGAGAACCCAUACUACCAGGAAAUACUUGAGCAUCUGCCCAAAAUACGAAGAGAAGGCUCGGAAGUCUUGGUGCCUGGAUUCAACAUCGCAGGUCUGCUGCCUGCCAGCCUGAAACUCUACUUCCACUACAAUGGCUCUCUGACCACCCCUCCCUGCUUCCAGUCAGUGAAGUGGACGGUCUUCAACCAGACCAUGCAGAUCUCUCACGACCAGAUGCUAAUGCUGGUGACGAGCCUGACAAACGACGACAGCAAGCCCCUGCAGAACAAUUACCGGCUGGCGCAGGACCUGCAUGGGCGACGGGUGCUGGCGAGCUUCCAGACCACCCUCCUUUCGACGAUGCACCUGCCUGCUGGUAAUGACGACGCAGCAGCAGGAGCACACUCCAGCUCUUCGUUUCAUGCAGGGGAUGUGCUGGCCGUGCUCUUUGGGGUCCUCUUUGCCAUCACGGCGCUAGCCUUCCUGCUGUACAUCUACAAGCACCGCAGCCAGAAUGCACGGCUCGACUCACCAACGAAAUCCAAGGUCAUCUACACGGCAGCCAGCACUGAGAACACAGCCUGAGCCCCACACCUCUGCGGUGGUCUCAACCCUGCCACCCCACCUCCCUUCACUCCCACCCCAGGCCAAAGUGUGGCAAGCACUCCACCAUCCCUCAGCUGCAUAGGCUGCCCACACGGACUGUUUGCCCGGGGCAGUAUCUGGCCCCAGCAGAUAUUUUUGUUAUAAAAAAAAAAGGUAAAAAUGUAUUUUAAAAAAGAAAAAAAAAAAGUAAAAGCCUCCCAUGGUGCCAGCCCUCUCCGCUGCCCUUGUGCGAAGCGGUGGGGCAGGAAAGGCCACUGGUGGAGACGGACCCACGGCGGAGAGGUGCGUGUAGGGACUCCUUCCCAACUGGCAGAGACAGCUUCAACCUCGGUGCCCUGGGCAGAGCUCCAGAGCAAGCAGCACAGGGCUCCUUGCACAGCCCAGCCCUGCCCUCCAUCGCUCUAGGACUUCUUCCUCCUCUUAUUUGUGCAAAGCAU